UCUCCGUCUUCUUCGCUCGUUCGGAUCCCGAAGACAGAGAGAGAAGGGGGAAGCCAUGAAAGAAGCUAAGAAGAAGAAGAAGAAGUCAGAAACCUCCAUAGGUGUAUCUAGAAAUGGUUCGAUAUCAACUGUGGGUGUACUUUCUGUUUAUUUGAUUAAUGGAUUGUUUCUGGCCGUCGGAUUCUGGGUGGCACGAAACAGAUUUUUAGUCGAUCUCGUCUCUGAUCCAUCUCUGACUCUGUUUCUUCUCUGGAGUAUUGAGUUUCCGGUUGUGGUGAUCAUCUACAGCUUUCUACGGAAAGACCCAGAGAAAUGUUCGUGUUCUAAGGCUGUUGGGCGAAGCAUUUUAGGACUUAUUUCAGGGGCUUUUAUGAAUGCUCUGGGAGCAAUUGCUUUGGGUGCACCUAUUGGAGCGCAAUAUCUACCAAAAACAAUUCACUGGUCCCUUCUUAUGUCUGUUUUCACGUUUGUACCAGCAACUGUAGUAUUUGGUGCAUCAUUGACAGAUUGGCAUCGUGUAUUUGCUUCCAUGAAACCUAGUGGAAAUAUAGAACACAUGAUCCUUGUUCCAGCAUAUGGAGCCAUUAUUGGAGGAUGGUUUGGAGCAUGGCCAAUGCCGCUUGACUGGGAAAGGCCAUGGCAGGAAUGGCCAAUAUGUGUGUGUUAUGGAGCUAUAGGAGGCUACAUUGUUGGACAAAUUGUCUCCUUGUGUUUGAUGUUGUUUCUCAGGAAACACAAGAGUUUGAAAGUAGCCUAGAAUGGAUUGACGGUACCCUAAACGAAUGUCGUUUUGUUUUGACUUGAUUACUAGCUAGAUUGAGAGGCAACAAACAAUAGGACAAGAUUUUUGUUAGCUUGAACAGAGGUUAUAUAUUAUCUUCCACAUAAAAUUAAGCAAGUGUUUCAGAAUUGC